CCCCCGCAGUUGCACAUGCGCAAGGGAAGUUUGUUUUGUGGUGAGGAUAAAGGCAGCUGCAAAUCAGGAAUUUACAAUAAAUAGCCCACAUGGAGGUAAAUAUCUGAUAUAUUUACAGUGGAAGUUCAACUAAUUACGAACCAGUGAAGCAACCACCAUUAUCAAUACGUUUCGGGCAUACAGGAGAUAAAAAAGUCACUGAGGAUGCCAUUGUUUGGAAGUACGUUUAGUCCGAAGAAGACGCCUGCUCGAAAAGCUGCUUCUCUAUCAAGCCUCCACACAUUGGACAGAUCAACGAGAGAAAUAGAAUUAGGCACUGAAUAUGGACCACCCUGUAUGAACAUUGGAGGCCAGACCUGGAAAUUUGAAGAAGGGCAGUGGAUAACAGAGUCUGGUGGAACUGUAUCAAACAAGGAAAUGCAGAGACUCAAGAAAAGAAAUGCACAAUUAGAAGAAGAAAACAACUUUCUGAAAAUGAAGAUUGAAAUUCUCAUGGACAUGCUGACAGAGACAACGGUGCAAUAUCACCUGAUGGAGAAGGAAUUGGAAGAUGUAAAUCCUCAUCGAACAUAAGGGACUUAAAUAUUCUUUAAGAUUCUUGAGCCUUGUGUGUGUGUUGUUUUUAUAUUUUUUAUUUUGCAAACCAUCUAAUAAUCACUUGUGUCAUAAAAGCUAUAAUAACUACACUCAAUAUUUACUGUACUGUAGCAAUGCAUAGCUGCCCACUGCUUUCUUACAUACAUGAUGCUAGUGUUUUUUGAUGGUUCUGCAAAUGACUGUAACAUUACAGCAUUGCAAAUGUAUAUAAUAUGCUGAUUUUUGUUAUCGAUACAUUGCAGCUGAUGUCAUUAACAUUCCCUGGGGGUGUGAUGAUAAUGGUGCGCACUGGUCUGUCUGAGGCUUUGUUAGACUUAAAUCUGAACACAAACAAACUGAAAAAGAACUGACUAAGUUGGAACUAGAGCAGGUGAACUGAUUUUGUACUGUCCCUUUCAAAUAACAUUAGUGAAAAGCUAGCUAGAAUUAACUAGAGUUUUCCAGUCAGUCACUCUAACCUUUUUGUUGAAAAUCAAAUGCCUAAAUGGGACAAUGUACACGUGUUCAUCCCAGGCACAAAUGUGUUGUUUAAAUCCAUUUUGUAUUUGUUUUCUUGAGGAUUCAGACAAUCUUAAAACUUUUUUGGCAGAAGUUGCUAAUUUGUGCAUUGUGUCUCUAUGGUAACUAACUGGUGAACCGCCAUACACAUACCUGCAUAACACCCCCAGCGUGAUGUCACUGCCAAGUAUCAAUAAUUGUUGUCAUAAGUGUGUAUUACUUUUACAAUAUGUAAAAUACAAAAUGAAAAUAAUGUUAUUCAUAUUUUUGUAAAUAUCAUUGUUUCUUAAGUAGUUGUUAUCUAGUUGCAUAUUUUUUUAUUUUGUGAAAUAAAAGUCAAAUCUGGUCACCUGCUGCACAAGU